GUAUAUCCGUAAUCUUGCAGUGGUGGGAUGAAUGGUUACAUUUUUGUUUCUAAUAGACCAGUGCAGCCUGCGCAAAUAGAUUCACCAAUUAGUGGCAUGGAUAUGAUUGCUGAUAAUAAAGUCUUGUCAGUGUUCUACAAGUGUCCAGCCUUCCAUGUACACAUUCCUAGACCACCAAGUGGAGUUCAUUAUCCAAAUAAGUCUAUCCUCAAGAAGCAUGUUAAACCCACACCAUUUUUUUGGCAUGAGAAGUCUGCUGUUGUUGGACGGUUGCAUUCUGUAAGGUGA